AGCAUUUCGUUUCGAUCGAAACCAUGUUGUCGUCGAAUAAGAUCACCCUGAAGAGUUCCGAUGACAAGUCCUUCGAGGUCGACGAGGCUGUGGCUCUCGAGUCUCAGACCAUCAAGCACGCGAUAGAGCUUUGCGCCGACAACUUCAUCCCUCUUCCCAACGUGACAAGCAAGAUCUUGGACAAGGUCAUCGAGUACUGCAAGAAGCACGUCGAACCGGCCAACUCUGAGGACCGCACCUUCGAAGAUGAUCUCAAGGCCUGGGACGCGGAGUUCUUCAGGGUUGACCAGGCCACUCUCUUCGAUCUCAUUCUGGCUGCAAACUAUUUGAACAUCAAAAGCCUCCACGAUCUGAUAUGCCAGACUAUUCUGAUCGGGGGCACUGUUAGUAGAUUGGUCUGGCACAACAGCAUCCCUCUUCCCUACGUGCCAAGCAAGAUCUGGGACAAGGUCAACGAGUACCGCAAGAAGCACUAUGAUCUGAAGGUCUGGGACGCGGAGUUCGUCAGGGUUGACGGGGCCACUCUCUUCGGUCUCGUUCAGGCUGCAAACUAUUUGUGCAUCCAAAGCCUCCUGGAUCUGACAAGCGAGAUUGUGGCGGACAAGGGCAAGGGAAAGACCACAGAGGAGAAGCGCAAGAUCUUUGAUAUCGAGGAGGACCUUCCCGAGGAGGAGGAGGACCUUACCGAGGACUUAUCGAGGAGGAAAUUUUUCUUCAAUAUUAUUUUUUUUGAUAAAAUGAAGGAUAUUGUUGUAAGGGUCCAGCUGACCGUAUUAAGAGCAUUUACAUUUGGUCUAUGUACGUGCAUAUGCAAAAUCACUUUUUUUGCAUAUCCACUUUGUCAUUUUAACAAAAUUUUCACGUUGACUUAUGCAUAUUUAAAAUAAAAUAAUAAUAAAUUAUUAUUAUUUUAUUUUAA